AAACAAGCUCAUCGUUAGACACGUUCUACUACUAGCCGUCACGGUCAAUAUUCGCUACCAAGGCUUCCGUCAUGGUCCUGCUUCGUUUUGCUCCAUCUCCAACAGGUCCCUUGCACCUCGGAGGCCUACGUAUGGCCCUCUACAAUCACCUUUUUGCGAGGAAGCACGGCGGUAAAUGGAUUUUGAGGAUCGAGGACACGGAUGCUUCUCGACUUGUUCCAGGGUCAGUGGAAGGGAUACAAAAGGCGCUGGACUGGGCUGGACUGGAAUAUGACUAUGGUCCCGACAGGGAUUCCCGCUAUGGCCCUUAUUUUCAGACGGAGCGGCUUGAACUGUACCGCUCUUACGCCAAAAAACUGCUUGAGUCUGGCCAUGCCUAUCGCUGUUUUUGCUCUGCGGAUAAAUUGGCUUCCAUAAGGGAAAGACUGGCUCGUGCUGGCUCGAAUUCAACAUACGACAAAUCCUGCGUCCACAUCACUGACGAAGAAUCGGCGCGAAAAGCUCGUGCAGGCGAAAAAUUUGUUAUCAGGCUCAAUGACAGUCAUCCCCCUUCCAGGCCACCAGCAGUCGACUUGGUAUUUGGUCAUCUCAAAGAUGCUCAUGCGUCUUUAUCCACCGAUUCCGUUCUCCUCAAGUCUGACUCUUUUCCUACAUAUCAUCUGGCUUCUGUCGUAGACGACCACGAGAUGAAGAUCACGCAUGUUCUUCGUGGGGAGGAAUGGAUUACCUCUUUCCCUUUACACCUCGAUCUCUAUGCUCACCUUGGCCUCUCACCACCUAAAUUUGCUCAUAUUCCCAUUCUCCUCAACUCUGACGGCACCAAAAUGUCCAAACGAAAGGGGGAUGUUCAAGUCGUCGAUUACAUGAGGCGCGGAUGGGAACCUGCUGCCGUGCUCAACUGGCUUGCUCUCGCGGGGUGGGGCGUGACUCACGAAGAGACUUCACCCGAUUCCACAUCACGAACACACGUCAAAGACGCGCCUGAUAGUACUGCCGUAAUGUCUUUACCGGAGCUCGUCGAAUCAUUUGAUAUCUCCGUUCUCACUCAGCGCAGCUCGGGACUGGAUGUCUCAAAAUUGGAGUACAUUAACAAACACCACCUUGCCUUGACCUGGGCAACUGAAGAAGGCAUGGAUACUCUUGCCGAGCGCGCACAUAUCCAUGUGAAGGAAGCAUUCCCACACAGUCAGUAUACUACAAUCGAUAACAUCAUAAAAACCAUACGAGCACUGGAAGGUAGAUUGACGAAUAUUCAAGACAUUCCUCGCCAUGCGCCGUUCCUGUUUGUAGAACCUGAUUUGACUUCCGACGAGGCGCAGAGUAUGUUUGCUGUAAUGCCGGAUGUUCAGGAUCGGUCUAGGAUGCUCCAGAUGCUAAGGGAUGUUGUUGAUACUCAGGUCAACGAUUGGAGAUCGGACGUUGUCUUCAGUAUAUUCCAGGAACAGCUGCAGGCGGCUGGCUUACCCCGCAAGAUUUUCCUAAAAGUCCUCCGCGCUUAUCUGACUGGGAUGAAGGAUGGUCCGCCUCUUGCUGAUAUUCUCACCGUUUUGGGUCCUGAAAGAACAAGAGCGCGCUUAAGUCCAAGCAGAGUGUAAAAUCAAUCAUGUACAAAGUAGUACAGCAUUUUCUCAAAUGUGAGAAAUAUUAGUUACAAAUUAGAUAUCAAAGCGUCUCCCAACCUCCUGAGUC